CUUCGAUUGAUUGGCUCUCAACGGGAGCUCCGUGGUGCGCGCACAGGCUACAGUGACAGUGAGUUUUAUGAAUGAGAGUGAAUUUGACAACAGCACAUGCCUCAUAAGAAACAGGCUCCUGCGGGGGCGUGCUGAAACUCUAGAGGCUCCCAGGGAAUCCGAUGCAAAAUGUUUCACAUGUUCGAGGACGGAGGCUGUUGGAUGAUGUUUGUGGUUGGAGUGCGAUGGAUUUGGUAAAAGUGCGCGCACACACACGCACAAUCCAGCUGCAUCUUCUCUCUCCUGUGGCUCGUUUCUGUCUCUGCCUUAUUGAUUCCCAGAGGCUGCUGCUGCUGCUGCUUUUGGCCAAUAGGCUCCUGCAGGAGACAGUUUUUUUUUUUUGUCAAAGGGAUGAGAGCAGAUGAAGUGAUGAGAUUCGUGUAACUUUUGGAUGACCCCUUCUUGACAAAGACAGUGUCCAUCAAUUGUCCUCAGUCAUUAUGCGCUGCUUUUAUGCCAAGGGGCUUUUUGUGUCUUUUGUUGGUUUCUCUGUUCAACACUGCGCCUUCAAGUUAGACUUUAGAAACUGAUAUGUUUGUAUUUACUUGGAAAAAAUAACCUGGUGCAACAAUAUAAGUUAAUUUUUUUAUUUUGUACAUUUAAAACAUAAAUAUUGAGAUACGUUUAGACUAUGUGUAUUUUUUCUUUUCAUUUUUCAUCUUUCUUUUCCUUUUUUCCAACCUGAUUAUGGUAAAAAGUAUUAUUAUUAUGAAUGUAUUCCCUCCGGGGCUUGAUUUAGACGCAUCUUAAGUUGUAUCAAAUUGCUCUUAGUUGUAUGUUUACUCGCGUGUGGACCUGCAUCACCUCCAUUGGCCGAUCUGGUCACAUGGUUCGCUAACUUUAUUCAGUUGACACCAAGUAGGAGGGCUUUAUGGAGGGAAGGGGAAAAAAAGACAACUCGAGAAAAAUUAGUAUUUUCUACCUUCAGAAAUUAAUGGCCAUGAGUUCGUAUAUGGUGAACUCUAAGUAUGUGGACCCGAAAUUUCCUCCCUGCGAGGAAUAUUCACAGAAUAACUAUAUACCUGACCAGGGCACGGACUUCUUCAGUCCAUCGCAGGACACAGACUUUCAGCAUCCAGGGAUCUACCCACGGCCAAACUACACGGAGCAGCCCUUCAGCUGUACCACUGUGAAGGACUCCACGGUGCAGCCACGGGGUCAUGUGCAGGAGAGAUCCGGCCGCGCGAGCCCCUUUGGCGCAGAGACUGAGCAGGGGCCCCCGGUGCCCGUGGCCGGACCCCGGACUUGUGGACAGCAGCAGAACACAAAGAGUCAAAAUGGGAUACAAGCCAAGCAGCAUGCAGUAGUUUACCCCUGGAUGAAGAAAGUCCACGUUACUAAUGUGAACCCAGAUCACACGGGACCUGAGCCCAAACGGUCCAGAACAGCCUACACCCGGCAGCAGGUCCUGGAGCUGGAGAAGGAGUUUCAUUUUAACAGGUACCUGACCAGGCGGCGGCGGAUCGAGAUUGCGCACACGCUUUGUCUCUCCGAGAGGCAGAUCAAGAUCUGGUUCCAGAACAGACGGAUGAAAUGGAAGAAAGAUCAUAAGCUGCCCAACACCAAGGGCAGAUCCGCACCAGCCUCCAGCCAUCUGCAGAGCAUUCAGAAGGAUAACCAGACUGAUAUCACAGCAUUAUAAGGAAGGAUGGAUAAAAGGAAGGAUGGAGAGAGGUGCCAUGUCUUAUUAGAAGUUAACUGUACAUAAAAAAAGACAAAGGUUGCAUCUGACUUUUUUGCAUGGACUGAUGUCGUUCUCUACCUUUAUUAUUUUUUUAAUUUAACGAAAAUGACCCCAGCAGUGUUGACUCAAGACUGAGUCAGAAAAUCAAUCAGACUUUGUAACUGAGAGAUUUGUAAUUUUGCAAGUUCCUUCUUUUAAUUUUCCUCAAAGAGACACAAAUGCAUCGAAACUUUAUUUUUUUCUUUACUUUUAUUUUUUAUUUUUGGGACGUUUCAUCCCUGAGGACAUUUAACGAUCAACCCUCGCCUGAUUUCGUGGAUUUAAACCAAGUGAUUCUGCGCCCCUUAUAAGGUGGAUUCACAGACUUCUUUAUUCAGAACAGGGAAGCCCUUCGUUCCAAUUACGCACAAAGGUUGUUUCAGUUUGAUUUUUCUUUCCGGUGAAACUUCAUAUUAAACGCACAAUAAAUAAAUAAACACAUGCAUAUAUAGUCCUAUAUAUAUAUAUAUAUAUAGAAAAUAUAUAUACUUGAAGCAUUUAUUUGCAUAGAGGCACGCCAAACACAAUUUCGUAAAUCGCAGAAUUCCCGCUGGAUAUUUCAGUUCCACGUAUUUCCUUUGUGACUUGUAUGUUUUUAACUUAUUUUGUACAAUAAAGCUUUGAGAAAAAUAAAAAUUUCUAAAAUA